UGAAAUGGUUUUUCAUAUCAAAAACCACCACUACCAGUGGCGUAGCCAAGGGGGGGCGAAGGGGGCCACGCCCCCCCUUGCGAGCAAAAAUUUGAAAGAAAACAUGCAAAAAUGGACUUUUUUUUGUUAUUCGGACCCAUUUUUCUAAAAAUUUUCGCUCUCCCUUCGCUCGAGCAGUAAUUUUGCCUUCAAUUUCAUGAAAUCACCACACAUCGCCUGAUAGGUUUCCAGAAAAUUACCCCUCAUUUCAAUUUUUUAUGCCUAAAAAUCUGGUUUUGCCCUCUCCUUGAGAAAAUCCUGGCUACGCCACUGACCACUACCUCAAAAAAAAGUAUUAUUACAAAACCAAAACCACAUCCACACCAUAUUAAAAAAAAAUUGAAACCAUUUCAAAACCAGAACCAGAAAAACUGUGAUUGAAAAUGAAAAACCAAUUCAGAAUCAGAAACCAUAACCAAAAACCAUUAUUUUUGAAUCCUUUAAAAACCACCUACCAAACAACCAAUAUAAUCCAAAUGGUUUUAAGCCCUGGUCAGAAGUCAGAACUGUUAAAAUUUGUGAAAAUGAAUAAAAUUUUAAACAAAAACUAAACACUACUAACUGCUCUACAGAAACCAGAAGGUAAAAAAAAACGGGGAAAAAAUUGUACAUAAUUAUACCUAACCGGUUGUUAACCGCAAUUUUUGAGGUCAAGGUUACGGUUAAGGUAAUCAAAUUUUGGAAUAAAGGUUGAGGUUAUUGGUUAAGGUUUAAGGUUACUCAGAUUUAAAUACGGGAAUUUUUUUGGUUAAGGUUACGUGAUUUUUACCUUUUUUUUCUGGUUAUUUCCCGAAGUAAGGUCAAGGUCAAGGUUAAAAACCGGUCAACAUCCCUGGCUUGACUCACUGCUUGAGCAUGAGCUUGAGCUGAUUGAGAAAUAAAUAAAUUUGUACGAAUUUAUUUCUAUUUUUCGUUGUUAAAAUUGGUAACACUGCUUUUUUAAAAAAUUAGCUUCGUAAAUAAUGAUUACGUAGCAACAGUGCAACACUGAGCGUUGCGUUGAAAAUUUUUGAUCUUAUUUUGAUUUUGACAUUUUUUGAAAUUGAAUCAUGAAAAAUUAAUUAUUUUUGAUUUUUUGGCUCGGUAUGAGUAAAAUUGUUCGGAGUUUGUAAUUAAUCAAGUAGUGUUGAUCAACGUUCGCCUAAUUGGAAUCAUCAACCGGUUGUUUGCCAAUUUCAAGUUUCAUUUUCACUCUUCGAUCCUGGAAUUUAUUUUUUAAAGUAUUGUAAAUCUGUCCAGUGCUUGUUGUAGUACCUACAAUCGUCGUAGCAGUUGGAUAUUUGAUCAUGGCCAGUCGAAGAAAGAGAUCUCGUUGGUCACCAGAUGUGAUUGUUGUAAACACGGUCAGCGACGACGAUGUCGUUUGUCAUUUGGAUGAAUAUUUCAAAGACUUUAAAACGAACAUGGAAUGUAAUCGAUUCGACAAAAUAGACACGAAAAUACCACAUCUAAUUAUCGGUAAAUUCGUCGAAUUAUUCAAUAUAUGGGGUAGUAAUAAUUCGUCAGCGUCGAGGAGAUACCUGCAAACCUAUCUGUUUGAAAACGUUUAUAACGUUAUGUCGAAAUCGAACGUAUUUAAAACUAGAUCCACUGUUGUUGAUUCUUAUGAUUCAGAUAGUGAUGUUGUUGUUAUUUCCAAUCCAACGGAAUCUGACGAUUGUGUUGAUAUUUCCAGUUCAUCGGAAUCUGAGGAUGAUCUUGUGGAUAUUUCCAAUUCAACCGAUGAAGGUUGUUUGGAAUGUGACGAAUGCGGCGAAGAAAUCAUCCUGAGGAAUAAUAAUCGAGAAUAUUCCAUCGCGUAUCACAAAUCAUCGCUGCAGCAUGUGGAAUGUGUUAGUAAUCUGGCCAGAAUACGUAAUCAGAUCGCUACUAAUCCUUCUGUAAUCAAAUGGGAUGUAAUGUGGCAAAAUAUAUCGAAAAGUAAUCGCCUCGAAUGGGUGUUAGCUCGAUUCAAAGAAUCUCCUCAGUAUUUAUCGUUGUUCCUGUUGAAUGAAAGUUUCAUCGAAGUUCACGUCUGCGAAGAAGAGUUCAUCCGGUGCACUCUUUGUUCCGAUAUUUUUCACUCGGAUUCACUCGUAGAUCAUUUAAAAGAUGAAUCACACGAUCAACGUAAAUUGCUCGCUACGUUUAACGCAGUCGACGAAGUGGAAGACAUCAAUGGUGAACAGAUCAAUUACCUGACUUCGUUGAUACGUGACUCGGUCGAGUACACGAAAUGUAAUCUGUGUAUGAUCACAACUCCCAAUAAUAUUCCUACGUAUGAAAAUGGGAAAACUGUGGAAAAAAAUUCCCAUCUGCAGGAUAUCGAUCACUUAUUAAAUCUACACACAUUGAACGUGAAUAAAUCUUGCAUCGAAGUGCGUACGAAACGAAGUCAAAUUCUAAGGUGUACAAUUUGCGACGAAGAUUUCCAAUUGCAAUAUUUAAUGUUACAUUUAUACAGCUUCAGUCACUAUAAGAAGAAGAUUUUCCAAGAUGUCGAUUUAAUCGACUUACAGAAGGAAGUAGAUGAAAUGGAUAUCGAUUUAAUCGAUCAGAUUGUAUCUGAUGAUGAUACUACCUACGUGAAAUGUUCCCCUUGCAAAGCUGUGUAUCCAACGACAUGUUUCAGAGAAGGUGCAGAUUCGCAUAAGCGAGACGACGAGCACUUGUUGAACUUGAUGGUGGUGCACGCGAAUCGAUGUUUUAUUAGAAUGUAUAACAAAACUGUGAAAUUAAUCGGGUGUUUGGUUUGCGAUGAGAUUUUUCACGUUGAUUCGUUGAUGUAUCAUUUGAAUAUAGAGAAACAUCAGAAAUCGAAGAUGAAGUAUUUGCGUUAGAUUUUUUUACCGGUUAUUUUUUCAGGAAAUUUUGUUUUGUAUGGAACUAUUUUUUCUUUAAAAUUGAAGUUUGAAAUUUGUUAUUAUUUAGUGAUUUGAGUAGGAGAAAUUUGAAUGUUUUCUGUUGUUGUUUUUCUUCUUCGAACAUGAUUGUUUACAAGUUUAAUAAUUUAUUGAUUAUGAUACCUACCUGCUUGUAUGUUAUUCUUAGAUACGUACUUUUCUAAUUUGCCAAUAAUUUAUUAUACUCUUAGGUUAUGGUGAAUUAGAUUCAUUUAGUGCGUUUAUUUGUGUUGGUCUAGACAGGUAUUCAGGGCUUGAACUUUUCCAAGAUCUCAGGUGUCCAUUUUUGGUUUUUAUUAAUUUUUAAAAUGUUCGAUGUAUAUUUUUUAAAUCCGACUUUAAGAACAUCUUAUAUCGUUAUUCGGAUUAAUUUCAACGAAAUUCAUUCAAAAUUGGUUUUUAGGUUCGUACUUGUGUUGACUGCGGGGGUUUGAGCGAGAAUAACCUCGACUAACAAUUCGCAAAGAAAUCGAGAAGCAAUUUAGAAGGGUGGAACCUGGAUUUUUUUCGUGUUUUUUGAAAAUUUAAAGGUUUUCAUUUAAAGGAUUCCAUAGAGGUUCAUUUUGGUGGAGAUUCAUUUUUUUCAACCCUUCUCAUGCCCUUUUUUCAGUUACAAAUAGAUAUACCUUUAGAGUUUCAAAUUUUCAGCCUUGUUCGAAUCUAUUUAGAGGUUCCCUUUGGUGGGUUGUUGUAAUCAUCAUGGUGGGGGGGGGGCUCAAAAUUUUUACGCAUGGGUCAUUUUAUGUUAAACAGGUCAAAUUUAAUGAUAAAGAUCCGUAAGAAGUUAUUUAUUGCCCCACAAAAUUUUCAAAAUCUGUGCCGGUGACCCCCCUCCCCUCCUUCCACCGUUUUACAAAAUGUGAAAAAAUUGGGAUAUUACUCAAAACUUUACAGCUUGGUAAAAUAAACUCAUGUGCCUACCAAUUUUAACGCUCCCCUUACCCACCCCUAAAAUUCAUAUAAUUUGUAUUGAUUGAAAAAAAAAGUAAAUUCAAAUCAUGUCUUAUGCUAGAAAUCCCCCUCCCCCUUGCUCAAAAAAUGAGAAAAUUCAAAAUUUUCAUUCAAGUUUUAAUUCUUGAAUACGAUCUAGGUACUUUCAUUUUUAGAAAAUCAUUUACCCCUCCCCCCAACGUUAUAAUAAAAUGUAACAGUUAGGCCACUACUGCAAAAAAAAGGUGGAAAAUUGAGAAAAAAAUGUAUACGUUUUUGCAUUUUUAUUUCUUGGAUGUAGUACAUCAUCAGAAAACCACCAUUUUAAUAGUUUUGACUCCCCCUCUCCCUUGGAUGAUGAAAAAGUGAAAUGUGAGCUCUGAGCUCCUUAAAUUUCUAAAAAAAAAAAAAAAAAAAAUAGUACAUAAAUUGAAA